UCCGCUUCCGGUCUUUUCAGUCGCUGCCGGGAGCCGCCGCUUUCUCCGCACGUGUAGGGAAAUGGGGGCCUACCUGUCCCAACCGAAUACCGACAAGAGCUCCGGGCAGGGGGGCGGCCAUCGCCUCAGCUACGGCUACUCUGCCAUGCAAGGCUGGAGGGUCUCCAUGGAGGAUGCCCACAACUGUAUUCCAGAGCUGGACUCUGAGACUGCCAUGUUCUCUGUAUACGACGGGCACGGUGGGGAAGAGGUGGCGCUGUACUGUGCCAAGUACUUACCGGAAGUGAUCAAGUCCCAGAAGGCAUACAAGGAUGGAAAACUGCAGAAGGCGCUGGAGGAUGCAUUUCUUGCCAUAGAUCAGAAGCUGACGCAGGAGGAGGUGAUUAAGGAGCUGGCUCAGAUGGCUGGCCGGCCUAUCAAUGACCAUGACUGUGGGAAGGAGAAGGUGGCUGAUGAAGAUGACGUUGAUAACGAGGAGGCUGCCUUGUUACAUGAGGAGGCCACUAUGACCAUUGAAGAGCUCCUAACGCGCUAUGGGCAGAACUGUGCCAAAACCCCUCGAACCAAGGCCGGUGGGCAAGCUGAGGAGAAAAAGGGUCCGGAGGAAGAGGAGACCAAAGAAGUUAGUGUGAAUGGAGACUUGGACUCCACGGGAGGAGACUGCCAGAAAAAGAAUGGCAAGAGCGAGGGGAAAGUGACUGCUUCUGUGGGAGUGUCCAGUUCCGGAGAAGCCGGAGGCAGUACCAGCAGUCCCAAGGCUGGGUGUCUGCGCCCCAAAGGGCUCCAUGCCAACGAGCCAGUCUCUUCCUCCACAGGGGAGGCCGGACCUUCCUGCUCAUCCUCGCCCACAAAACCGCAGCCAACGUCCAAGUCCAAAUUCUUUGAGGACAGCGAAGAGUCUGAGGCAGAGGAAGAGGAGGAUAGUGAGGAGUGCAGCGAGGAAGACUACAGUAGCGAGGAAGCUGAGAAUGAGGAAGAGGAUGAAGAGGACAGUGAGGAUGCAGAGGAGGAGGAGGAUGAAGAAAUGAUGCUUCCUGGCAUGGCAGGCAAAGAGGAGCCGGGCUCUGACAGCGGCACCACUGCGGUGGUGGCACUAAUCCGAGGGAAGCAGCUGAUUGUCGCCAAUGCUGGGGACUCGCGAUGUGUGGUCUCUGAGGGAGGGAAAGCGCUGGACAUGUCCUAUGACCACAAACCUGAGGAUGAGCUGGAACUGGCGCGGAUCAAGAACGCGGGGGGAAAGGUCACAAUGGACGGCAGGGUGAACGGCGGCCUGAACCUUUCCCGUGCAAUUGGUGACCAUUUCUACAAGAGGAACAAGAACCUUCCCCCAGAGGAACAGAUGAUCUCUGCGCUGCCCGACAUUAAGGUUGUGACACUCAGCGAGGAGCAUGAAUUCAUGGUUCUUGCCUGCGAUGGCAUCUGGAAUGUCAUGAGCAGCCAAGAGGUGGUGGAUUUUGUCCAUGAAAAGAUAGAAUCCCAGUUGCAGAAGGGGGAAACCCUGUCUCUAACUUCCAUAGUAGAGGAGCUAUUGGACCAAUGUCUGGCUCCGGACACAUCGGGCGACGGCACAGGAUGCGACAACAUGACUUGCAUCAUCAUUGAUUUCCGACCCCACUGCCCCCCCAGCGCCCCAGAAGCGGCCAAGCGCAAGGUGGAGAAUGCAGAGGAGAGUGAGGCGUGCACUAACAGCCCCAAGAAGCCCAAGAGGGAUUAGCAGUGGAUCUGUGCAGGCCCGGCCCUGCUCUCACUGGACUUGAACCUCCUGGACUCCAGACUUUUAAGAGUAUUGUUCUUUUUUUAAAGUUGGGCUCAGAAUGCCAAUGUACAAACGCGUUGUGUGAAGGGAGCAGUCGGAAAGGGUGCCCUUGGCCAUUGGAAGGAUCGUGGGUUUUCUGAUGUUGGGCACGCAGUGGGUGGGAGGGGAUUAAGGGUGUCUGUCUGUAUUGUUUUGUAGUCAUUCCAUAAGCGCACCCCCCUGCCCCCCCCCGCAACAUCACAACCUGGAUCCCCCCGUCACUUACUGCUCAAGCUCAUUUUUAAUCCUUUUUGUUCCUUUCUUUUAUAAUAAAGCAAUCGGUAUAUUUGGUCCCA